AUGAGUGACGAGACAGCUGCUGGAGUUAAAGAUCUUUUAAAAAAAUCAUAUUAUCAUGGAUAUCUUCCAAGAGAAGAUAUUAGUAGGAUGUUAAGAAAUGUUGGAGAUUUUUUAGUUAGACUUUCUAUACCAGUUCCUGGUCGUGAGAAAGCUUAUAUAUUAAGUGUUGUUCAGAAGGAAAAAAAAAAUAACAAAGAGACAAAAUCAAUGAAACAUUAUAUUAUUUCAAAAUCAGCCAAUGGAAAAUAUAUGGUUUCGAAGGCAGCUUUUAAUUCAAUUGUUGAAUUGGUUGAUCAUUAUCAUCUUCAAAAAAAUGAAAUAUCAUGUGGAAGUAAUAUAAUGUUAUUAUAUCCUGUUGGUAGAAAAUCUUGGGAACUUGAUCAUAAUCAAGUUGAGACAACUAAAAAAUUAGGUGAAGGUGCAUUUGCUGAGGUAUGGUUAUGCAAAUUUACAGAUCAAGUUACAAAAAAAGAAGUUCCUGCAGCUGUUAAAUUAGCUAAAUUAGAAAAAUUAACAAAAGCUCAAAUUAAAGAGAUAAUGUUAGAAGCAAGGUUAAUGAGAAAAUUUAAUCAUAUUAAUGUUAUAAAAUUACAUGGUGUUGCAGCAGGACAAGAACCAUUAAUGUUAGUUAUGGAAAUAGCAACUAAUGGAGCAUUAGAUAAAUAUCUUCAAAAAAAUAAAAUUGAUAAAGAUAAAAAGAUGUCUUUUUGUUGUGGUGCAGCUUAUGGUAUUGAGUAUCUUCAUUCAAUGAAAAUAAUUCAUAGAGAUAUUGCUGCAAGAAAUUGUCUUUUAAGUGCAGAUGAAGUUGUUAAAAUUUCUGAUUUUGGAAUGAGUAUAGAAGGAACUGAAUAUAAAAUAGAUCUUAAAACUAAAGCUCCUAUUAAAUAUCUUGCUCCAGAAACAAUACAAAAAAAGAUGUAUUAUACGAAAUCUGAUGUAUUUGCAUAUGGAAUAAUGUUUUGGGAAAUUUUUAAUGAUGGUGCAGAACCAUAUCCAAAUUUAAAUAAUCUUGAUGUUGUUAUAAAAGUAGUUAAACAUAAUUAUCGUAUGAAACUUCCAGAUGAGGUACCAGAAAAAGUUAGAAAUUUUGUUAUUAAUAAAUGUUGGCAUGCAAACCCAGAUGAAAGACCAUCUUUUACAGAAGUAAUUGCUUUUCUAGAAAAAGAAACUGGUAUAACUAGAACUUCUAAACAAAUUUCAGCACCACAAGAUGAAGAAGUAGAAAAUAAUUCUAAGUUGAUGCAACUUGAUAAACCAACAGAACCAAGAAGUAAAUAUGGUGGUGAUGAAAAUUAA